UUCAAUCUAACGUUUACUUACCUUGUAUUUCACAUGAUUUUCAAGACAGUACACACAACAACAGAACCCAAAAUGGAAAGGAGCCGAAGGGUUCACCUAAUGGUGAGCCAGAGCUUCAUGUCGCGCACCACGGUGACCGAGAGCAUGGCCAAGAUGGCGAUCCUGAAAGUGGACACUUCCGACACCGUUGAGAACAAGGUGAUCAAGACCCUAAUGAUGAUCGAGGAAAUGUUUCGCAGUUACUUUCAGUCCUACCAAAAGGAGCUGGAACUGCAGAGGAUCGCGGCACAGAGCAUCAACCAGCAUAUCCACCGCUACAGGGUCACCACGCAGGAGGGCACGAGCUGCAUGAGCCCCCAGAUCUACGAGGUCGAGUCGGAGGAUGCAAUGGUCACCAAGUACUCCCUGGACUACCAGGUGAUCGUCAGCUCCAACAAGAGCCAGUGCUGGGACAUCCAUAGACUGCGUCCGUUUGUCCUGAUCUUCCGGCGGCAGUACGCCAAGUUGGACCAAAACGAGCAGAGUCCAUUUAUCCAGGGCGACGCCUUCCACAAGCCCAUCAAGUUCUACAGUGACCUGGUGGAGGAACUUUUUUCCUACUUCUACAGCGGUCACCUCGAGCUGGACUCUGCUGCCCGCCUCUUGAGUCCUUGGGAUUUGAACAGCGUGGAGUACUACCAGAAGCUAUUGGCCCCCAACGAGAACUUCGACGAAUACUUCAUGCUGAACAUAAGCUUUUGCAAAUGCCUGCGGGUUCCGCCCAAGUGUCAAUCAAAUGAGUGUUCACAACUUCAAGUGAUCAAGGAUCGGUCGGAGCCGUUUAUUCACGAGGCCAAGGAAAAGAGGUGUGCCAGGCGAUUUGCCAAGAUGGCCGAGUCCAGACGGCCCAGCAACGAAUCGGACCAGAAGAAAUUAACACUUAACUUUACUGAGGAAUCGGACAUGGAACAAAGAUCCAGGCUAAGCCACCACACCCGAGACCCUCGGCUCCUCGCUUCGGAAAUUGAUCGCUUCCUGCGCUGCUCGGCGGAAAAUAAUUCGGAAAUUGAUAGCUUCCUGCGCUGCUCUGCGGAAAAUAAUGGUUCCCCCAUAGUCCCCCCCAAUAGUCAUCUUUGGUUUUAAUGAUCUUGAAUACAUUAGGGGAACGCAUGUUACUUUAAUUUUUCAGGCUUUUAUUAGGUUUAUUUUAUAACGAUUUCUACAAUUAUAUAAAUUGGGAUCAGAAAUGUAACUGAAUCAAUCUGAAACAAUGUGAUUUGCUACUGUUGCUUAGCAUAGCCUUGAUAAAUGAUUUCAAUUCGGCAAUAAAAAUUCGAAAGAUAGCAUUGAACAAUCCUCGGAACAGGAGAUACUCAAUUAUGUUCCAAAUAGGUAGAUCUGCCAGUCAAAAAUAUUACCCGGCAUUCACUUUAAAAUUGUUUCAAUAUAUUUUUUAUACUUACUAAGGGGUUCUUUUGGGAUACUCGAUAUUUUUUAGAGAAUACAAAACUGACUUCAAAAGAGAAGUUCUCGAUAUCUCUAGCGUAAA